AUGAUGGAGGAGUUAUUCAUCCACAGGAUCCUUGCUUUGUUUCCAAAAGCCAUAGCUCAUAAAUUACUGCUGCUGUUGAUGUUUGUCUUAGUUUUCUGGAUCAUUUACUUCUCUACCAAAGAUCACACAAAGCUCUUGUUCAGCUUGAGAAACCCGAUCUCUCUUAAUCAUUGGAACGCCUUCAGGAAGUCCUUCUACCUGGAAGCACCACCUGAUUCAGAAAUUUCACCAACAGAGACUGAGCUGAGAAUAAAGGGGAUUGUGGAGAAACUAGACCAGCUGAUCCCACCCAGACCCUUCAGUGAUGUGGCCUCCACCACCAGCGCCACACACAGCAGAGCCACCCUCCUCAGCCCUCAAGACACAUACUGCAUGGGGGACCAGCUAGACGUCCUGCUGGAGGUGAGGGACCACUCGGGACACAGGAAGGAAUAUGGUGGGGAUUUCCUGAGGGCCAGGAUGUCCUCCCCAGCCCUGAAGGCAGGCGCUUCGGGAAAGGUGACAGACUUCAACAAUGGCACCUACCUUGUCAGCUUCACCCUGUUCUGGGAGGGCCGGGUGUCUCUGUCUGUCCUGCUCAUCCACCCCAGUGAAGGGGUGUCGGCUCUCUGGAGGGCAAGGAACCAAGGCUAUGACAGGGUGAUCUUCACGGGCCGGUUUGCCAAUGGCACCUCCCAGGUCCUCUCUAAAUGUGGCCUGACCCUACACUCGAGUGCUGAACUGUGCGAGUACUUGGACUAUCGUGACCAGGAAGCAUUCUACUGCGUGAGGCCUCCUCACAUUCCCUGUGAGGCGCUGACCCACAUGACCACCAGGAAUGCAAACAUUUCCUAUCUUACACAGGAAGAGUGGAUCCUUUUCCACAGGUCCAACAUGGGGCUUGAAAUAAUGAAGAACUUUACCUCCAUCAAGGUCUUACCAUGUAACAAGAGUGAGAACACAGAAACAAAAUGUCAGCUUGGCAUGAAGACUCCUUCCCCCAGUGGUUAUACUGUGAAAAGAAGGUGGAUCUCAGCAUUUUGCAAACAGAUCGAGUUAAGUGAAACAAAAAGUAUAAAUGACUGCUUGAAGAGAAAACUUAUUUACCUCAUGGGAGAUUCAACACUGCGUCAGUGGAUUUACUACUUGCAAAAAGUGGUAAAAACCUUAAAAUGUUUUGAUCACCAUGGAGUUGGGAUCUUUAAAACACAUGUGCUUCUGGAUGCUAAAAGACAUACUUUGAUUCGGUGGAAAAAGCACGGUCAUCCAUUUAUUACCAAAAAUCUGUUCUCGGUGAAGGAUGAAAAUUAUAUCCCACGGGAAAUUGACCAGGUAGCAGGAGACAAUGACACAGCCAUUGUCAUCACUCUUGGUCAGCACUUCAGGCCCUCCCCCAUCAAAAUUUUUAUCCGUAGGGUCAUCAAUAUUCAAAAGGCCAUUGAACGUCUAUUCUUGCGAAGCCCGGAGACCAAGGUGAUUCUGAAAACUGAAAACACCAGGGGGAUGCCUCAAGAUGCAGAGAUGUUUAGUGACUUUCAUGAUUAUAUUCAGAAUCUUGUCAUGAGGGAUAUUUUUGUGGACCUCAACGUGGGUAUUAUUGAUGCCUGGGACAUGACUAUUGCAUAUAAAACUGAUAAUGCCCAUCCACCUGAUUAUGUGAUUGGAAAUCAGAUUAACAUGUUCUUAAACUACAUUUGCUAG